CGCGCGCGUCCACGGCCUCCAGCCUACGCCCCCCCUUUGCCCCCCCCCCCCUGUCCCCUGUCACCCAGCUGCACGCGCUGACGCGCACGCGCACGCGCGGCUUCCGGCCGCCGCUGUCAGGUGAGGCGGAAGUGAAAAGAGCAGCCAGAGCCUCGCGCCGCUCACCUGUCGGCAGGUGAACCUCCAGAAACAACUCCAGAGGAAGGAAAAUGAAUAACCCCAUUCCAUCCAACCUGAAGUCCGAGGCCAAGAAAGCCGCCAAGAUCCUCCGUGAAUUCACCGAGAUCACCAACCGCUACGGCCCGGACAAGCUGAUCCCGGCUCACGUGAUAGCGAAGGCCGAGGGUCUGGCCAUCAUCUCCGUCAUAAAGGCCGGAUUCAUGAUCACGGCCCGGGGGGGCAGCGGCGUGGUCAUCGCCCGACUGGCCGACAGACGCUGGUCGGCGCCCUCGGCCAUCGGUAUCGCCGGUCUGGGUGGAGGCUUUGAGAUCGGAGUGGAGGUGUCGGACCUGGUGAUCAUCCUGAACCAGCGCAGGGCUAUUGAGGCCUUCACUAAGGGCGGGAACCUGACUCUGGGGGGGAACUGCACGGUGGCCGUGGGGCCCAUGGGAAGGAACGUGGAGGCGGACGUGGCCCUGCGCAGCCCCGCUGCCGUCUUCACCUACUGCCGCUCCAGAGGCCUGUUCUACUCUCAGGAUAUCCGGGCGUCGGCCAUUUUGAAUGGCGACGUGGAGCCCCCCCCAGAGUGCUACGACCUGUACCACAUCCUGGACGUCUACGCCGAGGCCUACACCACCGACUGGACCAGAAGGAAGAACGUCCUCUACCCAAGCAUCUCCGUCUAUAAGUCUGAAACGUCAGGUCAGUUUGCCUCCAGCAACACUCAGAGCAAUGGUGCGGCGGUGGGCGGGGCCAGAGGCCCGCCGGUGGGCGGGGCCGGCGGCACGCUGGUCGUCACGGCGACGCACCCGUUCGCCGGACAGCAGCCCGGAGACCUGAGCUUCACCCCCGGGGAGCGGAUCACCAUCAUCACCAGAACCGAGUCCCAGUACGACUGGUGGGAGGGGAAGCUGGAGGACGGCCGCGUCGGCAUGUUCCCCGCCAACUUCGUCUCCUUCUGACUCCGCCCCCUCGCCGCCAAGGGGGCGGAGCUCCUCCCCCUCAGGAGGCCUCUGGCCGGACAGGUUUAGGGGAAACUGGGUGGAUUAAAUCUGACAUUUGAAGCAUAAAUCAGUCGUUUUUAGUCAGUGACACCAGAUCAGAUUUUUUUUAUCUUUGGAUUUUAGCCUCUGGUGGAGAUAAUCUGAAUGUUCUGAGCAGUUUGGGGACGUCUAGAUACAGUUUCCUGAAAAUAAUCAGAAACUAGAAAUAAUGGAGUUGUAAGAAAAGUGUUCAGUGAGUCUGGAAGGAGGUUUUUCUCAGACUUGGUUUAAUAAAUGUCUUGUUUUAGCUGAAGCGGCCUUGAAAAUUCUCAAACUUUUUGUUUAUUCUCUGUUCUCUGGCAGAUUGAAUGUUUUUAGGAAUUUAAAAUUGAAGGAUAUUUUUAGGCUGUUUAUAUUUAUCUGACACAGAGUGUUUGUUAUUGUUGUUUUUUCCUGUUAAAACUCACAAAGAAGAGUUCGUCUUCUCAUCUGCACCCAGAAUAAAAGCAUUAGUUUAUUUUAGAUUAUCUAACUCACUGAAUGGGUGAAUUUGGGGAGUUAAAGUGGGAGCGACUCCAUUUUUCUGCACUUUGGGGUUUUAUUAAACAGUGUUUUUGUUCCUGCUCACAGGGGAUUCAGAGGUGGGACAUACUGAGGCUUUGUGUGUUCAUGGUUGAUAUGAAAUAACUUUUGGGGCUGUUACAUGGUUUUAUACUGAGACAAUCGUGGUGUAUAUGUGAAUAAAUCCUGUUUCUAAGAC